AAUUUAUAUCACCAUAAUGCAACACACUUUGAAAGGCGUAACAAAAGUAAUCUGCUCAAACGCGCCCAAAGCUUCAGGACAGGACAGGACAGAAACGAACUAGGUAGAGAGAGAUACGACAUACGUUAGCUACUGUUGAGAGAAAGUGCAGAUUUAGAUCGAUGGACAAACGUGAAAGGGAUACGGUAUAUUUGAAGUAUUGAGCUAGCAUCGGAUUUAACGUUAUUACGUUGACACUUCUCAAAGGAAUACAACAAUGUCGUCGCCAAGUCCAGGCAAGAGGCGAAUGGAUACCGACGUGGUAAAACUCAUCGAGAGCAAGCAUGAGGUCACCAUCCUCAGUGGACUCAACGAAUUUGUGGUCAAGUUCUACGGCCCACAAGGAACACCGUAUGAAGGAGGUGUAUGGAAGGUACGAGUAGACCUACCGGACAAAUACCCCUUCAAGUCUCCAUCUAUAGGAUUCAUGAAUAAAAUCUUUCAUCCCAAUAUUGAUGAAGCGUCAGGUACAGUGUGUCUAGAUGUCAUCAACCAGACAUGGACAGCCCUGUACGACCUGACCAACAUCUUUGAGGCGUUUCUGCCCCAGCUGCUGGCCUACCCCAACCCCAUCGAUCCUCUCAACGGAGACGCUGCUGCCAUGUACCUGCACCGACCAGAGGACUACAAACACAAGAUCAAAGAGUAUCUCCAGAAGUAUGCGACAGAGGAGGCUCUAAAGGAGCAGGAGGAGGGAGGCGACUCCUCAUCUGAGAGUUCCAUGUCAGACUUCUCCGAGGAUGAGGCUCAGGACAUGGAGUUGUAGUGAAGGGGAGACAACCUCCCCUCCCCUCACACACACAGACUAUAAUUUCCUAAAGAGCAGAAAGACUAUUAUAUACAUAUAAACAUGGCCAUUUUUUUAUUACUAAACAAGGAUUUUUAUGGCUUAUAUGUAUGAGAAGCGGCGGUGUGAAAUGUUAAAAUGUCACCCUCGUCUAGAUAUUCUUUAUAACUCAGUCAUAGUCCCCCUCUACCACCAUAACCACAUUAUUACCCCCUCUUACCCAGAAAGGAGUGCAGCAUUCCCAGGAUCCUAAAUUCCCUCUGCUGUGGUCUGGGUCGUAUUCUCAUCGACCGUUGACCCACUAUCCGUGGGGUAGGCAGAAAGCGGAUUUUUCCGUUUUUCAGGGAUACAAUAUUUUCAACAUAACUUCCGUUUCCCCUUAAAAACGGAUGUGGGGACUCAGCUCAGGCGCCUGCUACAUUAGGUUACCUUUGAUAGGUUACAUUAGGUUACCCUGAUAGAACUGAUGGGUUGAGACCAGAGAGCAGUGCACCAUGGGAAGACAAGAGUGUCAGACUGUCAUUGUCAUGACGGAGACAGGGAUGGAAUGUUUAUACUCAGUAACCCGGCCACCCCCCACUCUAGUUUGAUUUUUAAUUCUCAGAAUUGUUCUAUAUUUGAUUAAGUGUGUGAAUCACUGUUUUGACAGGCACAGCUUUUUACCCUCCCCUUGCUCUCAGAGAAGCUCUCUGGCUCUAGUGCACGGCCCACUGUUUCUGGAGUCAUUACCACAAUAAGGAAUCGCACUUUGAGAUGCAAUUUCACUUGUUGACUUUCUACAUUUUGGGGGUUGGAAGCUACCAUCAGGACCACCACAUGAUCACUCCUUCCCAAGGAUCAGUUAGUGGGUUUCAUCCAGACCUAUCCAAUAUGGCUGCCAUUGACCUCUCUGUCAGGCCUCACCCCAGAGGCCAGUAUAUCCUAUCCAACCACCACACCCUGUUUGUCAUAGAAACUGUUCUGUAAACAAGCCUUUUACCCUGUAGUCGGGAGCACCAGCGCACCAACCAAGAGACACCUUACCACACCUCUUCACACCAGAGUUGAAAGGGGUGUUGAAGGUGGACUGAACAUCAUUUAUUUUCUCUUUCUUUUUUCUCCUCUCUGCUCAGUGACUCAUUCAGAGGCUUGCUGUUUUCACAAAGGGAGGGUAGGAGUUCUCUGAUGUGUCUGUGUGAGAGAGAACCAAUCUUAUGUUUUCAGACCCAACUGACCCCAAUGGAAGCGAACCACACUACUAGAGCCAUAGUAGUUUGUCAUCCUCGGUGACAACCCUAACACACAACACAACAUGAAACAACACACUGUUGUCGCUCUGGAGGAGAGAACCACAGAGACUACUGUCAUUCCAGGAGCUGUCUGUCACUAAACAAACUCACAUAAUCAUGCACCAGUCACUCCUUUAGCCCUCCUCUUCCUCCUAGUUAUCCUCUUCAUCCGCUUUCUCCUCUCCGUUUUAGGAAAGUGUUUGUGAUUCUCCAAGCAUCCUUUGGUACCUUGUGACAUGAUACAGAAGUGAAGUUUUGUAGGACAUUGAGUUUAUAUGCUGUAGAAAAAGAGAAAAGACACCUCUUGUGUGAUGGAUGGGUUUCUAUCUAGAUGUCAGCAGUGUCCAGUCGUAUCCACACUGAGGGCCAGUAUAUGGCCAGGUUUCAUUCCUUCCAAGCACUGUUUGGAUUUCUGCCUUCAUAGAAGACUAUUAUUAGUUGAAUCAGGUGUGUUAGUGCUUGGUUGAAACAGAAGCCUGGAGCCAUACGACUGGCCCUCUGUAGAUAAUACUGGACAGUCCUGAUCUAGGGGUUGGGUUGGAUUGAGUAGUUGUGUGGGGCAGGGCAGGGCUGGGAGGUUGGAAGGCUACCUAGGGACGUGUUGGAUGGAAUAGGGAGUGACAUGGGGUGGGAUGGGGAAGGAACAAACCAGGUCCUUGUUGCCUCUUGCUUAUGUUAAACUAUAAUAUGUGUAGUUUAGGGCUUGUUAGUGUGCUGGGUGGUGAGUCAUAUUAUAAUCUAUAGUUUUAUUUCUUCUAUAUCAAGCUAGUUUCAAAGCUUAUCAUCCUGUAAAGUUGAACAGAUAAAUACAUUUUGUUUUAAUUUGA